UCCUGACAUGUCACUUUGAGGAAAGUGUUUGCGACGACAGCAAUAGGCAUGAGCAUUGGAUUAUUGUAUUCUGUGUAAGUUAAAUUUUGCAGUAAACUUCCUCAUGAGCUUCUGACGAUUUUGCUUCAGCCAUGAGUGGAAAGGGUUGUCAGCUCCUGGUGUCUCCCUGCAGCGUGUCCCCCUCACUAAGCAUGAUCAGAGGACACCAGUCCCAGUCCAUCAGGAUGCCCAUGUCCUCCCCAAAAUGGGCCGAUCUCAGUCCCUCUUCGGACAUGGAGAAAGUGACCAUGCACUCCUUUGCUCCUGGGAAACAGAGCGGGAGCCAUGUAGGUCUGCCAACCCUGAGCCUCCGCAGACAAGUGCUGACCAAUGGGAAACACCUGAACAUCUCGACUGGAUCCCCAAACCAGCAAGUGCCGACUCAUCAUCCUACAACCAAAACAGUGACAGCUGCCAUACAGACGAGACGCUGCUCCUCUAACAACAGCUUCAAAGCAGGCUGCUCUGUGUCGGGACCUACUAUGGAAGUAUUUGGUCAGCCAGUCGCUGCUAACCUCACAGUGACCAGCAGUCCCAUGACCGUCGUCACAGGCCAACGGUAUACUGCACAGCAUCCUCCUUCACAUCCACACAGUGUGCAGAUUCCCCACACUGAUGCCAGAUCCAUACAGUCCAGAGAAUCCCUGGCAUCGACUACCCUUAGUCUGUUUGAAACACAGUCAGUGUUUAGUGGCAGACAUGACUGGUCAUAUGGCUACCGUGUGCUGCCUCCGCUGGGUCAAUGCUCCACCCAGGCCAGUGAGGGAGGGGAGCAGCUCAGCCUUUCCCCUGGCACGGCCAUGUCCGGCACGACCAUAUCGGGGGGCACCAGCACCUCCGCCUCCCUGCCCUCGUAUCUCUUUGCAGGUGAUGCCGGAAGCCCCAGACAGUCUCGUGCUAAGAAGAGAGCUCUCUCCAUGUCGCCUUUGUCGGACGUCAUGGGUAUCGAUUUCAACUCCAUUAUACGGACCUCGCCUACUUCACUUGUGGCUUAUAUCAACGGUUCCCGCAGCUCUCCAUCCUCCCACCCCUGCCUCUCACCUGUCCAGUCCGAAGGUUACGGUCAUUUUCUGGGUGUGAGGGGCCGCUGCAUCCCCAACGGCCAUCUCUACAACAUGCCAAACUCUUCCCAUGCCCUGGCCCCACAGUCAGAUUAUGUCCGUAUGCAGAUGCUUGAGGAGGGAGGGGGUCUGGAGAGCCAGAUGGCUAACAUGGUGGUGGACCAGCAGUGCCUCCCCGAGGAAGGAGGGGCACUGGAGAAGACUUCAGAAAGCUGCAGCCAAACCACCAACAACCUGCUGCCACACCAACAGCCAGUCCUGUUGACUACUAUCCAUGAAGCUGCUACUCCCCAGGGGCCGCCACCGCCCUAUCACUCACCCCAGCACAUCCACCUCACUAGACGUCACUGUAAAAUAAAGCCCCCUUCUCAGGACCCUCUCAUACACUCUUAUCCCAGGCAUGGGAUGAGCUUUCUACCCCAGGUCCCUAUGCUGGAGGAAGAAGAAGGCGAGCUGGAGGACUAUGGGGCCCACUGCUGCAGGUGGUUGGACUGCAGUGCAGUCUAUGACCAAAGGGAGGAGCUGGUAAGGCAUAUAGAAAAGCUACAUGUGGACCAGAGGAAGGCUGAGGACUUCACAUGCCACUGGGUGGGCUGUCCACGCAACUUCAAGCCCUUCAAUGCCCGAUACAAACUCCUGAUCCACAUGAGGGUCCAUUCGGGAGAGAAACCCAACAAAUGCACGUUUGAGGGCUGCAAGAAGGCUUUCUCAAGGCUAGAAAAUCUGAAGAUCCACCUACGUAGCCACACAGGGGAGAAACCCUACCUGUGUCAACACCCAGGAUGUCACAAGGCCUUCAGCAACUCCAGUGACAGAGCUAAGCACCAGCGCACACACCUGGACACAAAGCCAUAUACGUGCCAGGUGCCUGGCUGUGCAAAGCGUUAUACUGAUCCCAGCUCUUUGAGGAAACACGUGAAAUCACACUCGACUAAAGAACGGCAGUUACGGAAGAAGAUGAAAUCCGCUGCUGAUAUGACUCAGGACACGCUGACAGACUGUUUAACCAUCCACCCUCUGCAACCAAGCCUUUCUCCUCUGGCGCAGAUAGACUCCUCCCCUGGUGCAUCCCAUGAGUCAUAUUCUGCUGCUCCACAGGGACGAGACUCCUCCAGCAAUCCUCACCUGGCUCUGUUGUGCUCCUUACAAGAUAAUUACAGGUUUGUUGAUCCCUCCCCUCACCAGCUCGUCCCCAGGGACCAGUGUGGGCCUUGCUCUCCCACCUGCCUCCCGCAUCCUCCCAAUGGGACAUCCCUGCAGAACAAGCAAGAUCUGAAGCAGCCCAGACAGCCUCCUGAUCUGCCAGAUCACACUCCAGAGCUUUCGGGGCAGAUUAAGAUGCUAUAUUCCCCACCACAAUAUGGAGGGAUCACAGCACAGACCAGCUCAAGUCACCUGAUGCAAGUUGAUGCCUUUGGUGACAGCCUCGCUCCAGCAGUCAAUAAUCCCAGUGGGGUGGCCACCUUACAAACAGCUCUUCCCUGCAUUACGGGUGCAUCAGUAGGGUUUGAUGUCCACAGCCAAGCACAGGAUGUGGACCCUAAUCAAGAACUGCAUGGAGGGGAUUUCUUCAGCGUGGUGGACCAAUGCACAAGCCAGCUCUCCUGCAUCUAUACAGAGGGAUGAUAUUACUUGACUGCUGCCUUUGUUUCUUUGCACUAUUUUGUGUCCUUGUUCCAUUUAGGUCAAUAGGAAGAACACUUUAGAUGACUCUUUGCAACAGCUUCAUUUAGCAAAAUAAAAGGAUUGAUUAAUUGAUUUAUAGAUAAAACGAUAUAAAUUGCUGCUGCCCGGGGGUUAAAGGAAUUGACUCUUACAUUUCUCUCUCCCUUUGAUUGAAUCUCUAUAAAUGUACUAAUUGACUCACACAUGAUCAAUGUAUACUAAUGACUGAGACUGAAGGUUUUAAUGUUAACUGUGUGUGUUUUUAUACAACUGGUGUAGAACAACGUUAAAGUAUGUCAAACACUUUCCGGUGACACUAUGCACAAGAUCCAACACUGCAAUCAAAGCAAAGUAUGCAAGGGAUCAUUUAUUAAGGUUUUUCUUAGAACCAUUUCUUUGUAACUAUAGUAACAAGACAGCCUCACCAUUUCACUGUAAUUUCCAUAGAAAGAACCUGUUGUUUGAGUCCAGUACUGUAAUGUGCUAUGAUCGCUCCUGUGCCUAGAUCAUUAUGUGGAUUUUUGUUUAUGACUGUUUUGUUUGUUUGUUUACUGCAAUUAACUUAACAUUAAACAUUGCAGUUAACCCUUUUGCAUGGCAGUAGGCUGUGCAUAUUUCUAAACCUGUUUUCCUAUAGCCAUUCAUUUCAGUUCAUUUCCAUAUAAAAACUGUAUAACUGGCUUCAGAUAUGAAAACUAUCACAAUGAUCUGCUUAUAUUUUUGCCAGUUAAAAUACUGUUGCAUUUUAAUGCAGUGCAGAUUUUUCAGUCCACAUUCAUCUUCAUAACCAUGCAACCAUAACUAGAAGUAAAAGAGCAGACAUGAUCGAUAAUUAUAAUGAUAAACAUUAUUAUAUAGCACCUUUCAAAACACUGUUAUAAAGUGCCUUAUUAUUUUAAAAAAAAGAAUACAUUUAAAACACACAGAAGUCCAGAAGCCCCAGCUGCAAAGGAUCUGUCCCCUUUGUGCAUGAAUCUGAACCAUGGCACCACAAGGAAUGAAGACAUGACAAUAAGAUAUGUGAUAAAUAACUUUGGGUGAGGCCUGUUGUAAGUAUUCAAUAAUAUCUUGAUAAUUAUUCCAAACGCAACAGGUAGGCAGUAUAAAGUCAGUCAUGAUGUGAUGAUGUUCUCCUAAAUCCUGACAGCAGAGUUUUGGAGGGAGCAAAGAAUUAAAGGAGUCUAAUCAACUAAAGGCUUGGGUCAUGAUUUCCGAUUUUUGUGAGGGAGAAAAAAAGCUCU